AUGACGGGGGAGAAGCUCUGGUGGAAGGAAGGAGUGGCAUAUCAGAUAUAUCCGGCCAGCUUCAAGGAUAGCAAUGGAGAUGGCCUGGGGGACAUCCCCGGCAUCAUCAGCAAGGUGGACUAUUUAAAGGACCUGGGCAUCGACAUCGUCUGGGUAUCACCCAUGUUUGAGAGCCCACAGAUUGACAUGGGCUACGACAUAUCAAACUAUGAGGCUGUGCACGCGCCCUACGGGACCGUCCAGGACAUGGAGGUCCUCAUCGACGAGUGCCACAAGCGAGGCAUGCGCCUCAUCCUGGACCUGGUCGUGAACCACACAUCCGACCAGCACGCCUGGUUCAAGGAGUCCCGUUCCUCCAGGGACAACCCGAAGCGCGACUGGUACAUCUGGCGGCCGCCCAGGUACGCCGAGGACGGGACGCGCAUGCCGCCGACCAACUGGCGCAGCUACUUCAGCGGCACGGCGUGGGAGUGGGACGAGCACACGCAGGAGUACUUCCUGCACCUGUUCGCCAAGGAGCAGCCGGACCUGAACUGGGAGAGCGACGGGUGCCGCAGGGCCAUCUACGACAGCGCGAUGCGGUUCUGGCUGGACAAGGGCGUCGACGGGUUCCGGAUCGACACGGUCAACAUGUGGUCCAAGGGGCCCGUGUCGGAGCUGAGGGACGCCCCAAUUGUCAACCGGGACACGUUCGACCAGCCGGCGUGGUGCCUGUACGCCAACGGGCCACGGAUGCACGAAUUUCUGCGGGAGAUGAACCGCGAGGUCCUUGACAAGUAUGAUACCAUGACCGUUGGGGAGCUGCCACACACCCCCGACCCGGCACGCGUGCUGGACUACGUUGGCCUGGGCGACAGGCAGCUCAGCAUGGUGUUCCAGUUCGACAUCGUCGACCUGGGCCAGGGCUCGCCGUACAAGUACCAGUUCCAGGAGUGGACGCUGCCGCAGCUCAAGGCCAUCGUGGCCAAGUGGCAGCAGUUCAUCGAGGGCACGGACGGGUGGACGACGGCCUUCUGCGAGAACCACGACCAGGGCCGGUCCGUGUCGCGCUUCGCGUCCGACGACCCGCAGCACAGGGAGCGGUCGGCCAAGCUGCUGGCGCUGAUGAUGUGCUCGCUGACGGGGACGCUCUUCAUCUACCAGGGACAGGAGAUCGGCAUGGUCAACAUCCCGCGGUCGUGGCCCAUCGAAGAGUACAAGGACAUCGAGGCGCUGGGGUACUACGAGGAGGUGAAGCGGUCCACGGGGGGCGACCGCGCCGCGCUCGACGCCGUGCUCGCCAACAUGUCGGUGCUGGGCCGCGACAACGCCCGCACGCCCAUGCAGUGGGACGCCUCUCGCCACGGCGGCUUCACCGACUCGCCGCGGGGGCCGUGGAUGCGCGCCAACGACUCGUACGCCCAGAUCAACGUCGCCGACCAGCUGGCGAGGCCCCGGUCGUCGGUGUUGGGCUUCUGGCGGGACAUGAUCCGCUUCCGCAAGGCGCACGCCGACCUGUUCGUCCACGGCACGUUCGAGGUCGUCGGCGCCGACGACGAGAAGACGUUUGUUUUUGUCAAGAAGGGGGGCGGCCGCGGCGAGGAGAUGGCGCUGGUGGCGCUCAACUUCUCGGGCGGGCAGCAGAAGGCUGGGUUCCCUGCGUGUGAGGGGGGGCGCUGGGCGUUCCAGUUUGGUAACUAUGGUGAGGAUGAGGGCCCGCGGGCGAGUGAGAAGGGGGUUGUGUUGAGGCCUUGGGAGGCGCAGCUGUAUCUAUUUGAGAGGGGGCGAGCCCUCAACGGUCAUUUGAAUGGUCGCAUCUGA